CGGACUUAUUCCGUUUUUUGGACCAGGUCGAAGUGCAGGUGGUCCCCCUGCGCCUGCUCCGGCGACCGUGGCUAAUAUGAAUCUGCAGAACCUAGGCCCGCGAGCGCGACACCAGCAGCCACCCGCUGGGCGCGUCCCGAACAACAGCGUGCAUUGUCUAAACCCAAACUUUCACAACUCAGCCUCCGGCGACGAUGGCAGUGGCGGGAGCGGGUCAGGCGAUGGAAGUGGUGGCGGCUCUGGCGACAGUAGUGACGCAGCAUCCGUGGCCCCGCAACCAAAGACCGUGCCUUGGCCUUGGCCGCCGUCUGUACAGGCCGGCACGAACAUGCAAGGCCCGGCUUGGGGCGAAACUUUUGGUGGGGUUCCCUUCUCCGGCCACAUUCCCUACGACGUACCGAAGCACAUGGUAGAGCCCUUCAAAGCCGACGAGGGCCCGAUGAACAAGAAGCGGGUUGCCAUCUGUCUUACGGGCGGGCUGCGGUCCUUCAUCUUGCCGAAUGUGUACAAGAGUCUUGGGGAUAACCUGAUUCAAAGUCUGACAGAAGCGCGGAUUGCGGCCGGCGAUGCGGAUGCGAAGGUCGACGUUUUCUUCAUCGGGUCGCUCACCCCCGCCGCCGGAAACGGGAACUCCCAGGUCCUCCUCUCCCAAGCCGACGCUCCGUCGACAGAGGACGACCCCCGCGUGCAGGCAGGCUUGGACUAUUUGAAGUCCAAGCUGCGACCCCAGGAGUUCGCGAAGAAGCGAGUUGUGCGGGAUAGCACCUGUGCGGAGCUGGCGAAAGUACUGCACGACCAGGGCCGGCUUCCGCGAAACGCGGAUGGUUCGCUUCCCGAGCUACCGGACACACUCUGCAACGGUCGGUCCUACAUUGGCGGACCGGCGGGCAACGGGGCAUUUUUCAUGCAGGUAAUGUGGAUCGACGCAUGUUUUGAGGAUGUGAAGCAGUACGCGGCGAGCCACAACCUCACCUACGACCUGGUGGUGCGCGCGCGACCGGAUCUUGGGUUCCUAGAGCCGUUAGACUGGCAGGUAUGCGGAGAAAAAAAUGAUACACCAGCAGUUGCGCGUUUGAUUUUGUAAGAACCUCAGCGACAGCACCACAACCAUAAUAUUCUCUGCGUGAGGACAGAGAAAAACUUGCAAUUCAGAGAUGAUGCUAACAAGUACUUCUCACGGGAAAUAAAAAAAACGGAAAAGACGUAUGAGACGAGGCACCUGCUGCUGACGCUUAGCAUAUCACGCAUGUCGACGAAGCUUGUCUGUAUUCUUGCUUGAUCUGCAACACAUUUUUAAUGUCGUGUAAGUGCAACGCUUUUUUUUCUUUGCAUAGCAAGGCACCGGAACCGACUACCCGCUCGCCCGGGAUUACUUGACCCACCCGGCCCGCUCUCCGCGCCACACUCAUGCGAUGCGGGGGUGGGACUAUUUUUGGACCAUGCCCUUCAACCUGCUGCAGCAAUAUCAGGCCGGCGUAACGGGUUGGUAUACGAAAAGAGACCCCGCGACCGGUUUGUCUUUGUGGUCGGAUAACCAGAACGGGAAGCUUCCACAUCCGGACGCCAAUAUGUUUAUCUACUUUGCCACCGUGUCGGUGAAGCGGCAGCUUCCGAUGGUGCUCGUCCGGAGUGCGAGUGUCUGGCACAGGGACAGCCUCACUGGGUACCAAGACAAUCACUAUCGCGGACCUGUCUUCGCGCGCCUCCUACAAAAAGCAGAGCAAGCAGCGGCGGCAGCUUGGUGGGGCAGUAGCACGAACGCGCUGCCACCCUGGCAGCUUAUGGGACAAGGACAAUCUGCAUAG